GAACGCCUAGAGGCUUUAAAAAGCGAAAAGGAAUCAAUCCGCAAAGAAAUGGACAGACUUCGAAAAAAGUCCAAUCUCACCAAAAACAUCAAACCGGGAAUGGUUUCUGAAUUUACAUCAUUUGUCGAUAAGACCAAAGAAUUGACAGAAUUGCUUCAAACUCUGAAAGACGGCUAUGCAAACGAUCAGGCCAAAUUGGAAAGUAUGCGAAGAGAAAUCAGUUACAUGGCACAUUUGAAAAGAAAGGCUGAAAAGCCGCAGGUUAUUGACGAACCCGGUGACCCUACUCUUCAUUAUCAGAGUCGUCUGAGUAGAACUGGACUAUGCCCAGCUGUCAGAAGAAUCCCUAACCAAAGUUGCACCAACAACAAGCCCUUGGCGAACACCAAAAAACCUGUGUUCAAGGCAACACUGUCAUGUCUACCUUGCAGACCGCCACCAGUCGGCAAGAGCGAAUCUGCCAGAAUGUGGAUUUACCGUACGUUUUGCGAGCUUUGGGAAUAAUUAUCAGCGAAGAGGAAACUGAAGCAAUCAUCCAGCAAUGUCUGAACCUGGUAGAUGUCUCCACGGUGCAAGACGAUGAGGAUGAUGAUAGGCCUCCAAUUGUGACCCUCGAUCAGCUCAACAAGGUCCUAAGGGGCAGAAUGCCGGAUGCCCUGAGCCAGUCCCAAAUUUUC